GAAAUCAACAUGCAAGAACUUCCUGUGAACAAUAUUUCUUUUACGACUUUCACACUGAAUGGUUACCACGAUUUAAAAGAAUGGCGGCCCAUAUUAACCAUACCUUAUCUUUUUAUGUUUCUGUUGUCUACCACCUCUAACUCAUUUCUGAUUGUUUUAAUUAUAAUAUUCCAGAGAGCUCUGCACUCUCCAAUGUUUGUAUUAAUUGGCCUGGUGGCUGCUGUGGAUCUUUUUUGGCCAAUAUUUUUCGUCCCACACAUGCUGCUCAACCUUUUAUUUGACUGGAACCAGAUUUCUCUUUCAGGAUGUUUAAUACAGUUGUUUUGUAUUUAUAUUGUUGGAACAUUUCAGUCUACUGUACUGCUGUGGAUGUCUCUGGAUCGGUACUUUGCUAUUUGCAAACCUCUUUCUUACCACAAAUAUAUGCAAAUGCCCAACUUUCUAAAGUAUAUUAUUGUGCCUGUAAUCAGAAAUGUCAUCUUAAUCACUACAGUGGUGUCUCUGGCUGGAAAAUUGCAUUAUUGUAUGAAAAAUGAGAUUGAACAUUGUUUUUGUGAGCACAUGGCAGUUGUUCAGUUAGCAUGUGGAGACAUUUCUAUUAACAACAUAAUUGGACUUUUAACCACUUUUCUCGUUCCAACUACAGAUUUUGUACUUAUUACCGUAUCUUAUGUAAUUAUAUUUUCUUCUGUAAUAAAAUCAGGUAAGUCUCACACUAAAGCUGUUACUACUUGUGUUACACAUAUAAUCAUUAUAUCUGUAAGUUUAAUAUUUAUCUUGAUGGCUUUUUUGUCAUAUAGAGUGAGAAAUAUUUUUUCUCCAGACAUUCAUACUUUUCUAAGUACAAUGUACAUACUUUUCCCAAGCUGCUUUAACCCAAUAAUAUAUGGGUUAAGAAUAAAAGAAAUAAGAGAACAGUUUCUUAAAUUCAUUAACCAUGGGAAGAUUUUACCCAGGAAAGUAUGA